GGGGAGGGGCGGGGCUUGCGGCGGGGGUUCCGUGGCGGGGCCGUGCGUGUCCCGAAGCAGUGCGGAGCGGCGCGGCGCGAUGGAGCGGGUGCGGGCGCUGGGCCUGGGGCUGCUGCUGGGGGUCCUCGUUGGGGCGGCGAGCGGGCUCCAUUCCCUGCGCUACUUCCAUGUUGGGGUGUCGGAGCCCAGCCCGGGGGUACCCCAGUUCACGUCUGUGGGGUACGUGGACCAGAACCCCAUUACACGCUACGACAGCGAGAUGGGGCACGUGGAGCCCCAGGUGCAGUGGAUGGAAGCAAAUUUGGAUCAGCAGUACUGGGACAGACAGACCCAGAUCGGACAGAGCAAUCAGGAGGUGUACCGCGUGAACUUCGACACCCUGCGGCGCCGCUACAACCAGAGCGGGGGGACUCACACGUUGCAGCGCAUGGCCGGCUGUGACCUCCUGGAGGACGGUAGCACCAGGGGGUUUUAUCAGGAAGCCUACGACGGGAGGGACUUCAUUGCCUUCGACAUGAACACGAUGACGUUCACCGCAGCGGACGUGGCAGCGCAAGUCACCAAGAGGAAGUGGGAGGAGGACGACAAUUACAAUGAGCAGUUGAAGCUCUACCUGGAGAACACCUGCAUCGAGUGGCUGAGGAAGUACGUGAGCUACGGACGGGCCGUGCUGGAGAGGAAAGAGCCCCCCACGGUCCGAGUGUCGGGGAAGGAGGCCCAGGGGAUCCUGACCCUGCACUGCCGCGCUUACGGCUUCUACCCGCGGCCCAUCGCCAUCAGCUGGCUGAAGGACGGCGAGGUCAGGGACGCGGAGACCGAGAGGGGCAGCGUCGCGCCCAACAGCGACGGCACCUACUACACCUGGGCCUCUAUUGAGGCCCGCCCGGAGGACAAGGACAAGUACCGGUGCCGCGUGGAACACGCCAGCCUGCUGGAGCCCGGCCUCUUUGCGUGGGAGCCGGAGUCCAACCUGCUCACCAUCGUGCUGGCGGUGGCUCUUGCCAUCGGGGCUGUCGCCGCCGUCAUCGCUGGAUUCACCUUCUGGAAGUGGAAAUCAGAGAAGAAUAAGAAGGGCUACGACAAGGCGCCAAGCACGGACGGGGGCUCUGGCAGCGCGGCCUCAGGGAUGCCCAUCUGACCGCUUGACGAGGGGCUGGCACAUGGCUGGAUGCGGCCCCCUGCCCGCUCCCGGGCUGGGCGCAGAGGGGUGCUGGAGGAGGCUGGGAGCUGCCUGCAGAGACCUUGUUGUGUUGCUCCUGCCCACGCCUGCCUACAAUGGUGGAUUUUCUGGCUCAAUUAACUUCCUGUACUCUGUUAAUUUUUAAGUUGAGCACUGCAAUGAUGACAAAUUUCAAGGUUGCAAUUGAUUUCUUCUGCAUGCGUACAUUUCCUGGUUCACACAAUAAAUGCUGAUUCCACCUUCCAA